UGCGCUCCCGCAUCACAGUGAAUCAGAGGCUCCUGCCUCCUGUCAGCCGGUCCUAUCCAGCAGCAACGGGGGGGUAGGGGGGGAAUCACUGAUUCCUUUGUGUAGAACAUGGCGGCGUGCAGCGUGAACCCCUUCAAUGGCAGCGACUCCGAGGACGAGAACGAGAACGAGAAGGAGAAGAGCGCCGGUGAUGGAGCGCCGGGUUGCCGCAGUGGUGCUCUUUCCCCGAAGACGGACUCGCAGCCUGCGGCGCUGCUGUCCGGCAGCAAGACGAGCCCGAGCCUGGAAGCCGUGCCCGGAGUGUCAGAAGCGCGCCUGUCAGUGGAUGCUGUAGCCGCGCAGCUGCUCCGCGAUCAGUACAUCCUCACGGCACUGGAGCUGCACACGGAGUUGCUGGAGAGCGGCAGGGAGUUGCCACGGCUGCGGGAUUACUUCUCGAACCCAGGCAACUUCGAGAAACAGGGCGGGACACCACCGGCGGUAAAAGAGCAAGGAGACAGGGCGGGCAGCGUGAGCACCCUGGACUCACUGGACUUUGCCCGCUACUCGGACGAUGGGCACCGAGAAGCGGAUGACCGUGUGGCAGUCCUGGAGUUUGAACUACGGAAAGCCAAGGACACCAUUCAGGCUCUGCGCGCCAACUUGACUCAGGCUGCAGAGAGGGAAGUUCCAUCACAAGAGAAGCGGAGCUUCAAAUCCAGUCCAGAAAUACAGGAGCCAAUCCGUCCUCUUGAGAAAAGAGCCUUGAAUUUCCUUGUCAACGAGUAUUUAUUGAAAAAUAAUUACAAGCUCUCUUCCAUCACAUUCUCAGAUGAAAAUGAUGAUCAGGAUUUUGAGCUGUGGGACGAUGUGGGUUUGAACAUUCCGAAGCCCCCCGGGCUCCUGCACCUCUACCGGAAUGGGGGAAGUCGCCCAACAUUCCCCAGGAGCACUGCAGACAUCGGUGUUGGGGUGGAGGCUAAGGAACUGCUAGGAGUAUCCAUUACCCAUGAGACCCUGCAGGAGGUGGCACGCAUCCAGCAUGCAGAGGUAGUACUGGAGUUGCAGUACCAGGUCGACCUGCUGAACAGCGAGAAACAGAGCUUGGCAGAACAGAUCAAGCAUCUCCAGAGUGAAAUCCACACCCUGAAGAAGAGUAUCUCAACUUCCUCUGUGGUCUCCUUGGGUAAAGAGGAACUUCAAAGUGCAAAGUCAAAGAGCCAGAAUUUGGAGAGUCAUAGCUCAACACACCUUGACCAGCCCAACAGGAAUCUCUCACCUGCCUUUCACAAAGCGCUUUUGUCCUUCUGCCGGACGUCCAUUGACAGUCGCCUUGGCUCCGAGGUUUCCCACAUUGCCAGCAGCGAGGAGAGCCUUUUGCUGACGUUGGGCCGCUGCCUGCCCCACAUAGUGCCCAAUGUACUGCUGGCCAAGCGAGAGGUAUGUGGUGCAGCGCCCCUCGGUGGCCAACUCUGUUGCUGUUCAUACAGUAGAUGUGUCAUUUGA